ACUCUCGACCAGGUAAGACAUGUUUGAUUGACUACCUGGUUGGCAGUAUUUGGACUAGGAUAUCUCCUUCAGGGGAAGGUAGACCUCAGUAUUGGUAUUACUGAGCAGGUAUAGGAUUAGGGUAUUCCUGUAUAGCCCCUGAAAGGAAGGAGGACCUCAGUAUUAUAGUUACUGGGCAGAGCGCGCUGUAAAACAAAAAGGAAAAUAUUCUCUCUGUGUCUCUUGCCUGUAUUGCCAUUAAGUAUUGGUGUUGGUAUUUUAAAAUGGGAAACUCAUACCCUAAGCCUGAGCCUGGAGAGACGCCUUCUGUUUGGAUGCAACGUUGUGGUCUAACAUACUUCGUUACUCCUUAUCUUGACAAUUUAGCUGGUUGGACUGAGGCAACCCCUCAGAUUCCACCUUACCCCAGAGAGGGUACAUUCGACCCAGGAUAUUUAGCCUCCGCGUAUCGCAUGAUUUAUGAAGGCCUCGGAGAUCCACAAUGGAAUCUCGGUUAUAUGCGGGAAUGUUAUGGGCGAUGGUAUGAGAUGAAGAAAAUCUGGGACGAGCAUAAAAACAUUUACACUCCAAAAGAGUAUUGAAGGGUAUUCCAAAACCCAGGACCCCAAAGGAUUCUGGUCUUUUAACUCCCAUACCACUCUCCAUUUCUCUCGCUAAACCGCCGCCUUAUUCGGGGAAGGGAAAAAAGGUAUUGCCCAAUGCGCCUGACUGCAACCCCAAACCACCUCCAGUGGCUAAUAUGUAUCCAUCGCUAGCCGCGAUGAAGGUCUCCGACACAGGAGAAACAUCAGCCAAGAAAAACCCAAAGAAGGGGCUAAAAAAGAAACCCAAGGACGAGGAAUCUAGUGAUUCCAGUUCCGACUCUAGCUCUGACAGCUCAGAUGAUGACAGUGACCCUGAUGAUGUUGGUCCCGAUGCUGGGACGCUUCCCGAUCCUCCCCCGUGGAAUGCAGCAUGUGUAUGGGUAGCUAAACCCUCAGGAGUACAGGUUACUCCGCCUUCACCAUCUGCUCUGAAAGAUAUCAUUAGUCUCUUGCCCCCCCCUGAUAAACCUCUGCCUUUUGUCGAUAUGUUAAUCAAAAGUUCGCGUAACUGUCAGCUGACUGGCGCAGAUUAUAGAUUCAUCUUGCAAAGUAAACUAGGCGAUAGUUAUGACGAGGAUAGUUUGCUUGGACACGUCCCGGUGUUAAAAUAUCCGAAUGACGAAGUAGUUAAUGAGGAGAUAAAGGAGGAGGAGGAGGGGGGAGAGGCGGCAGGAGGAGCAGAAGAAGGAGUAAGGCCGCGUAGAAAGAAGAAAACAACACGGGGCGUUGUCACCCCAUGCGUCAGCCCAUACAACACACCGGUUAAUCCUGUUCCAAAACCAGAUGGCUCGUGGAGAUUCACCCAAGAUCUGCGAAAAAUAAACGAACUGAUUAUUCCAGUCGCAACAAUUGUCCCUGACGUCUCCUCCGUUAUAGCCUCAAUUCCAUGUACUCAUACAGUCUUUUCUGUGAUUGACCUCUGUUCUGCUUUCUUCAGUGUUCCUGUAGGGAAGGAGACGCAGCCUCUCUUUGCCUUCACACACAGGGGGCAGCAGUACACGUGGACUAGGCUGCCACAGGGGUAUAUCGAUUCCCCCGCGGUCUUCUCAACCAGGCACAGCAUCUGGGGUGUUGGCUCAGGAACAUGGGGGAGGCAUGCGACCUUGUGCGUUUCUUUCAAAAUCCCUUGACUCUGUGGCUCAGGGUUUGCCAGACUGUCUUUGUGCUGUUGCCUCCUGUGCUCUGAUGGUAACUGAUGCUGAAAAGAUCGUUCUAUCUCAUCCUCUGAUUCUG